CCCCUCAGACAUGACAUUUAAAAUCCUCAAUGAGAACUCGGUGGAAACGUCAUGGACGAGACCCUCGUCGCGGACAGACGGCUUCAGACUACAAGUGGUGUCAGACGCAGAUGAACCAGUCAGAGACUAAAAUCACUGACCUGACCCCUGACUUGGACCACUCGGUGUCCAUAAACUCCUAUUACGGGUCCGAGGAGAGCAUUCCCAUCACUGGACAACUGACCAUCCAGUCCAGUAACACCAGUGGACACGUCAAGAAGCCAAAGUCAGACGCUAUCAACUAAAUGAGUCAGACAAACAUCUGACCUUCUGCUUUGGUAGUCAGUGGGGGGGCACACGUUGGCUCCUAUAAUUAAAACCAGUCUGUCAUCAAGGAAAGGUGUGUGUGUGUGUG